AUGCAGUUCCUUCAGCUCCUCGGCGCCUUGAUCUGGGUCGUUGGCUUUGCUGCUGCUCUCCCUCAGAGCCUCGUCAAUGAUAACGCCGUCAAUGACCCUGCUCUGAACACGACACUACCGGCGUCAGUGGUCAAUGAUCCCGCCACCAAUACAACAUUCGCAAAUCAGACACUGUCGAAUUCUAACUGCACCUCGAGCGGAGAUUGUGGAAUUACUGGCCCUCUCCCCCCCAUUCCCGUCACCGUCGAGAACCCGGUGGAUGCCACUUGCCGUGGCUCAGACAUGUGCACCAAGGCAGGUUGUCCCGGUGCCGGAGAUGCCAUCAGGCACAUUAUCGAAACCCUCAGUUACAUGAAACCAUCCGCAAAGUACGCGAAGGGCCAGCAGAUGGCCUGCUGGUACUGCCAGCCUAUGGGACCGCUUACUUGGGGAAACGGAAAACACAAUUAUGGUAUCUGCGCGUGGGUAGAGGGCCCGGAUGGCAGCGCAAUGACCAUCGACGAUGCCUGGGACCUGCUCAAGAACCUCCCAAAGGAAUGCACUCAGUGCGGUCGCAAUCCUACCAGGGACAAGGGCGAGAUCCGCGUCGACUAUACCGCUAAAAUACAAGGUCACUGCAAGAAUCGAAACCACGACGACCCUAUGGAGGGGCCGUGUCCGAACUACUAG